AUGUCUGGGCGCGGGAAAACUGGCGGGAAGGCACGUGCAAAGGCGAAGUCGCGAUCUUCGAGGGCCGGAUUGCAGUUCCCCGUGGGCCGCGUGCACCGGCUGCUCCGGAAGGGCAAUUACGCCGAGCGCAUCGGCGGCGGGGCGCCGGUGUACAUGGCCGCCGUGCUGGAAUACUUGACGGCCGAGAUCCUGGAGUUGGCGGGCAACGCGGCCCGGGACAACAAGAAGAGCCGCAUCAUCCCGCGCCACUUGCAGCUGGCCGUGCGCAACGACGAGGAGCUGAACAAGUUGCUGGGCGGCGUGACCAUCGCGCAGGGCGGACAAAAACAGAGAUGUUGUUGUGAAAAAGUGUGGGGAAGUCUGGAGUAUGAGAAAUCCUUCAGACAAGUUGCAUCAGCUUUGUUUUUUUCCAAACUGGAGCUGCUGAGAAGGAGAGUGCUGAAAGAGUAA